AUGGUUGAUGGUGAUGAAAAACGUGUGAUGAGUGACACCAUACUGGCCAACGGCAUCCACCGCAUGCGGCGCCAGCACCCCAUGUUCCUCAGCGUCAUGCGGCACAUAGCGGCCAACUAUAAUAGCAAAGUAUGGGCGUUCAACGGGCCGAUAGCCCUGACAGCCGUAGCGCAACAACUUGGAUGUGACCGAACUCCCGUCGGCUUAGAUCGUCUGCUGAACGUCACGAACAACCGAACAUCACAAACGAUUCAACCUGAUCACACUGAGGAAUGCGACUGGGUGGCUCUAAAGUCAUCCGUCUUCUUGCCGGUGCAUUGGACACAGGCAAAAACUCUUUUUCAGAGCCCAAAAAAGAACGAAACUUUCCCGCCCCUGGAAGCCCUGUACCCGGGGAGCCUGGGCGUCCAUUACACUAACCACAUAACUAAAAACUUGAAAGUUCCGCCUGGCAGCAUCAUGCAAGUUAUCGCCUCAGGAUCCUGUCCAGUCAUCUUCGAGAAGCAUCCGCUGCUCUGA